GCCCAGGACAGCCGCUGAGAUCUCGAGACUCAGAUACCAAGAGAUGCUUCUAGUCGGGAGCCUCGUUGUCCUCUGUGGGCUGCUGGCCCAGAGUUCAGCCCAGCUGGCAGGCCUGCCCUUGCCCUUGGGCCAGGGUCUGUCCUUGCCUCUGAACCAGGGCCUGCCUUCAGAUCCCACAGGUCAUCUUGCUGGAAGCUUCACAGAUGCUCUCAGUGGUGGCCUGCUGUCUGGAGGACUGCUGGGCAAUUUGGAAAAUAUUCCACUCCUGGAUAUUAUAAAGUCUGGAGGAGGCACUUCUUAUGGCCUGGUUGGGGGCCUGCUUGGAACACUGACUUCAUCAAUCCCUUUCCUGAACAACAUCCUUGACAUAAAAAUCACUGAUCCCCAGCUGCUGGAACUUGGCCUUGUGCAGAGCCCUGAUGGCCAUCGUCUCUAUGUCACCUUCCCUCUGGGCUUCAUAGUCAAAGUGAAAACGCCCCUGGUUGGAAAUCUUUUGGAAUUGGCUGUGAAGCUGAACAUCACCUCGGAAGUCUUGGCCGUGAAAAACAAUCAGGGGAGGGUCCACCUGGUUCUCGGUGACUGCACCCACUCCCCUGGCAGCCUGCAGAUCAUCUUGCUCAAUGGAUCCACUCCCCUUCAAAGCUUUCUAGACAGCCUCACAGUGAUAUUGACUAAAGUCCUCCCUGACCUGGUGCAGGGUAAGGUGUGUCCUCUGGUCAAUGCGGUUCUCAGCCAUCUGGAUGUCACUAUGGUGCAUGACAUUGCUGAAUUACUGAUCCAUGGACUAAAAUUUGUCAUCAAAGUCUAGGCCUCCCAGGAAGGGAGGAUCUGCCUUCGUUGAGCUGAGAAGAACUGUGGCUGCUCAGUCUACUGCUUCUUGCCCAGUGUCCCAUGGCUCACAGAAGAGGGCCCCUGUCCUGGAAAAAGAUACGCCUCCCCAAGAAACCCGAUCUCUUCCUUUCCCAUCAAGAAUGAUUAAUCCCAUGAUUAUCGCUAAA